UCUGAUCUUAGCAUCGAGACUGCAAUUGUGCAUGCUUAUAAGCGCUACAGCUACACUCUUGUUACAUCCUUCACAGAGAGCGAAAGCGCUUCCAUCUUUAGCGCGACGUAAGGUAGUAGAAGUAUUGUUGCUGCUAGUUUCUGCUUCGACUCUCUUCCUCUGCUUUGGUGCGUUUGAAGUCGUCGAUGGUCCAGCCAUUUCUCUUCCUUUGCUCGGUCUCGAAAAUGGAGAUUUUUAACUCACUGAUGAUGCUUCUUAUCAUGGGUCAGUUCUUCAUUCAACUUGGAGUUUCAGUUAUCCCAGUUUCUACUAUUUACAGUCCCGAUGGAGAUAUGAUUGAUUGUAUCAACCGAGCGGAUCAACCAGCAUUCAAUCACCCACUUCUACAAAACCAUAUAAUUCAGGAAUAUCCCACCGGCAUGCCACAAAUAGAGAGAGACGUACAAAAGAAUUGGCAAAUCUGGCACGAGACGGGAGAAAAUUGUCCAGCGGGAACGAUUCCCAUACGUCGGGAUUUGGAUCCAAAAGUUCCUCACAAAAAGCAGCCAAAGGUUCAUGAGGUCACCAACAAAGCCACUACGGGACACAAGUAUGCUAUUGCAUAUAUGCAAAACCGGCAAAAAGUGUACGGUACAAGGGUAACGUUAAAUGUCUGGACACCAAUUGUAGAAUCGUCUUUCGAUUUUAGCCUCGCACAAAUUUGGUUGGCAUCUGGGUCAUACGAGACUGCGGAUCUCAAUACCGUAGAAGCUGGUUGGCAGGUUUUUAGGUCAAGGUAUAAUGACAGUCAGCCGCGAUUGUUUACAUAUUGGACGGCGGAUGGAUAUAACAACACCGGGUGUUAUGGCCUCGACCGUCCUGGAUUUGUGCAGACUAGCAGUACCAUCGCCAUCGGAGCUGCGAUUGGUUGCACCUCAACAUUUGUAGGCACCCCGUUUGACAUGACGCUUCAGAUCUGGAAGGAUCCGUUUUCAGGACAUUGGUGGCUGGCUCUAGGUCCCAAUAUAGUGCCGAUAGGGUACUGGCCGGCCACAAUUUUCACGACCUUAUCUGAUCAUGCGACGACGGUUGAAUGGGGAGGGGAAGUAUUAUACCGGAACCUUUCGGGCGCGAACACGGUGGCCCAAAUGGGUUCAGGGGAAUAUGCCGACAAAGGCUACGGAAAAGCGGCAUAUUUCUGCAAUCUGAAGGUCGCAGAGAACAAUCACACCCUUCUCCCGGUCCAAGAUUUUAGCCUUCGAGACGAUUACCCAAAAUAUUAUACCGUUAAGAAGUCAUCCAACCGCAACUGCGGUAACCACUUUUAUUUUGGCGGACCAGGGCCUCAACGUUCGGGAGCGGUUCGGGGAACAGUAGUUUGCUUUUUGUUUGGUUUUUGUUUUUUAUUUUAUUUGAGUGUGUGUAGUUUUUAAAGUUAAGAAACUGGGUGUGUAAAACUACAAGAUGUUGCUUGGUGUUGGUUUGCUUAGUUACUAAAAGAUGUUAUUCCACCGCUAGUUUCACUAGCGUCUGCGACUGAUCGAAUCAAUUCGAGAAAAAUGCGAUUAGACUCACAACGUAAUAAUAUAGGACAUGCGAUUUGCAAGACUCGAAACAGAACAAUUAGAAAGGAGCUAGAAUCAUUUUUCUCAUUCGCCAUCAAAGUUAGAAGCUCCAGUUCCAAACCCAGAGACUCCAUACCCACUCCUCCGAUUUGCUUCGCCUCUGCUUCGUUUCGAAGCUCCCAUCGACUUCAUUCUCUACGACGGCAAAGGUCGGAGUGAAAGGGGGUUUUGUUGUCGCGGCGGUCUUCUGAGCUCGGUUCUCUCUAUCCGGAAGGUCAGCCACGAUUCGUUAUUCUUGGGUUUCGGUCAGGACGUUGGACAGUUUCUUCAGUCCUUGAAUCCGCCGGAUUUUGGUUUCGAUGAGAGGAAAUUUCUCGAGGUUGACGGCCGCUUCUCCUCCGGUCAAAGCCUCGCCGGGAAAAUCUUCUUUUUCCUUAGGUUAUUUUGUAACUCCGGUUUUUGCUAAACCAAUCCCUAAUUCAAUUGGAUUAUGAUUUCCUUU